AGAAACUCCAAUGUAACAAUGGCGGCGCCCUGCAUAAAUAGAUGCGGCUCAUUUUUUCGAACGAUUCGCAGAACAGGUUGUCUCUGAAAAAGUAAUUUGCUAACAUCAUAACAUUACUCUCAUCAUGGAUCAUCUGAUGGACGUGGAAAUUAUGGAGAAGGCUGUCGAUGCAGAGUCGGCCCUGAAACAAAUCAAAGAGUGCAUCAAGUUCAAGGACAGCAAAGGGCUAAAAACGGCAAUACUGGAACACAAACUUAGGGACCAGUCUGUGUUUUGGGAGGUCGCAUCAGAACUGACCGCAAGUCUGACCGAAGAGAACUUGGAGCAGUCCGAGUAUUUCUUUGAGACUUGUCAGAGAUGUAUGAACUACAUUAUUGAAAAUGGCAACCCGAAGGAGCUAUUGCUAGCCGUUUUAGAACAGACAGAUUCUUUCAAGGAUGACCAAAAAUUUAAGUGCAUUUUAGAGAGUGUGCAAAAGAUAUUGUUGAAGUUGCCCAGUAAACGUCAUCAUUCAUUGGAUAUCACCUUGGAAACUCUUUCAGCUCAUAUUGAGGCUAUCCCAGAACCCAAGGAUCACAACUUGGACAAAGAGGAGAGAAAAUUGCUGGAAAUGGAUUCGUCCGUCCUGAGAGCAACUGAUGUAGUUCUGUGUUACCUUGAGUUUUUAGGUCCAUUUGUUGAAGAAGUUUCUAUGAAAAAUCCAGAAGUCACUUUCUCUAGAACUAAUCCACAAGUGCAACUUCUGAUCAAGUAUUUGAUGAAGCUUCUGGCACACCCACUGUAUCAUUUGGAUAUGACAUUCAGACCGAAGGAACAAGAAGAAAAAGAAAAGUCCUACAGCAGAGUAUGUGCAGAGAGACUGAUUGAUCACCUAGCUCAGCUUUGUCCAAACUUCUUUGCAAUGAUUGAAGAAGAAGAAACUGCGAAAAGGAGCUUGAAAGUCGAUGAGAUGUCGGAUGAUGGGAAAGAUGAUGAAGAAGAAAUGGAAGAGGAUGCUACUGAUAAGGUGAAAAAUUGGAAGGAGGAUAAUCUAAUCCCUGAGAGAAGCCUAGCAUGUUUGUCAUAUUUAGUCCGGGCUGAGGGUCUCGGUGCUGAUAACAUGCCUUGUGUAUACAGCCACAAGUUUACACUGAGGUUUCAUCUGCCUGUCAUCAAGGCAUUCUUGGAAGAUAAACAUUCUGUUGUCAAACUGAAAGGAGUUCUUCUUCUAGAAAAACUGAUGUUUGUCAUUCCACCAUUUUCCUUUAAACAUCAUGAACUGGACAAUGACCACUACAAGGAGAUUCUGAAUUUACUGAUUUCAACCAUGACAUUUUGUGAAAGUAAGGAGAUCCGCAAAUCAUGUGUUCCACUGUAUUCUGCUUUUUUCGGUAUGUUUACUCUCCAAGGUAGACAUCGUUUGUAUGAGAUUGUGUUCAACACUUGUAAGCAUUCGGGAGUGGUGGGUCACACGUUGAGUCUGUACAAAGAACAAGUGGAUGUGGUGCUGAAAAAACAUGGGGAUUAUGAGAAUCUUUUCCUAGGAAAAAACCUUAUCAGAGUUUUCAAACUUGUGUCUACCAUCCCUGAUGGUGCCACAACCGAUCUGCUGCAAAAUUCCGACAGAAUUCUCUCAGUGUUGAAUUUUAUUCGCUAUCUCAUUCUAAGGGAUAACCCAGUUUCAAAUUUAACCGGUUUCUGGGAUCUGUAUCCUACACUGGAUAAGGAAUUUUUUGAUCCUCUCCGGCAAGCCAUAGUGUUGUCAAAAAGCCACUACAAUCUUGAUUUAGGAGAUGUUCGAAAAGGACUUCCUUUACCUACGGAGAAUACCGAGUUCAAUGUGAAUGUUGGAGGAGAGACUUUAGGGGCCGUCUCAAGAGAGCAGCAGAUUCAGGUUAUCGAGUCUGCACUCAACACUUUUGAUAUGAUGGACAGUAUACUUAGUCGAAUUAUAGAACUAGCAGACGGUCAGAAAAGACUAGUGAAGGAAAAUCAAGGCUGAUGAGAAUAAUGAAACCGUGAAACAUACAUAACUACACAGUAUUUCUAAGAUGAUAUGAGGACAAAUUGUAUGCCUAUUGUGUAACCUGAUUAUUUUGCAAAAUUAAUUCUGUAUUUUGUGUCAAACAGUUCAAUUUCUACACUAGCUGAAUAAACCUUUGAAAGUGA